AUGGUUUCCAACAAGGAAAAAAUUUUCCUUCCUUUCCGAAACCGUAGAUACCAGGAUGGUGAUAAUACUAUGUGUUAGUAGUUUGCAGUGUGGGGUUGGUUCCCUGCAUGACAUUUAUAGGUUAAUAAUGGGAGAUGACGUUGAUGAUGAUGCUGGUGAUGACAAAAAUGACGGUGACAAUCCACCAAGCACCGCAUUCCCAGAAACGCCUUUCAACCUUGAAUUAUUUGGGCAAUGGAGUUUACAUACAGUUGUAUAUAACGCAGUGUUCCUAAUAAUGAGGUAAUUAGAAAACAAACAUUAAGUGUUCUCUAACCUGAUAAUGUUAAUCAGUACAUUUGUGUAAUUUUUUUUAAGUGCUAGCCAUUUGACAGGGUCAAGAAACAAGGGGUUGUGUUAAUUGUGUAUUAAUACAUCAAAGUUGAUAAAUCUGAUUAUAAUUUUUACGUGCUGGAAUUACAGCAGGCCUUUCUACUGAAUGGAAUAUUGCAUGUGUUCAAGCUGAAGAACAUUUGAGAGCAACCUCAAACUUCAUUGUCAAGGACAUGGAACGCCCCCUGCACACAAAAGAAGCAGCCGCAAACACCACCACCAGUGAAGUCUACGACAGUGGCGAAGACUAUGAAGAAAAUGAUGAUGGAAAUUAA